AUGCAAGCGACUCGUCAGGUGACGAAUAUCGCAUGGGAUAUUGACGAUGAAGAAUUAAAUUUUAGUGAAAAACUUCUGGUAACCGACGUUGGUGAUCUUGCUGAUUUGUCGUUUUAUGAACUUAGCGAAAAUGAAUGGAAACAAGCUGUUCGGAAAUAUCAAUCGCUAAGUUUUGAUGGUGAUGUUAAUUAUCGUGAUCGAACAGCAACAGCGAGUAUUAAUAUUGGAACAGACGCAUAUUUUGAUAACGAUACGAUCCUAGGACAGUUUGAAAGACUGUUUCAAAUGCGCGAAUUCAAACAAGAAUAUAAAGAUAACCAGGUAGAAAUCAUUGUGGGCAAUGCAAGAACUCAUACUGCCAAAUCAUAUUCAUUACAAGACUUUGGUAAAAAUGUUGACACUCGUUGUCCUGUUGAACAAAUCGAAUACGUUGAUGAAAAUGGCGUAGCAAAAGUUGUUGAUUGUUAUUUUAGAGGAGGGGAAAACAAAGAUAAAUCAAAAGGUCUAGUUGAACUAUGUAAAGAUUUAGGUGUGCAGUUACCAGCUAAAAUUAAAUUAGACGAAAUUGGUGAAAUACUUUCAAGACAUCGAGCUUUCCGAAAUACAAAUAAAGGAACGAGUACAUUUGUUCAACAGACAACACGUCCACGUCAUAGAUCAUCUUUAUCAAUUCCAUCUAUAACAUCAGUUGAAGGACAACCAUCAACAACAAAUCGAGUUUUUGGAACAUCGCCUCUAUUCUAA